CUUUGAGCGUCAUAUUAAAAAAAACGAGGAGAAAAAAAGAAGACGACAGGUUGAAAAGGAGUGUUGUUAGUUUGGUAACUAGUACGCAGUGAAUUGAUAACGUUGCCUAUUAAACUAGAAUGCAUACAUGUCUUAUUUCCUUCACUACAGCUGGUGGCGGUAAGUAGGUUAGCUUGUGUUAGUAAAACAUUUUGUAGAACAAGAGAAGAAGAAACGGGGCAAACAUGGCAGCGUACAUAAGAAGCGUGAUAUGUCUUUUUUCCAUUGAGCGAAACGCUUUUCUAACAAGGGGAAGUCGAGUUAUUGUGGAAUCAAAGCGAUAUGUACGCGGACUAAGGAGGACACCUGUCCGAGUGUUGUUGCCCGAAAACGGCACGGACAAAGUCCUUAAGCCAGCGGGGCUAAACGCCCCAGCUUCAAUCAAGCAUCCUGAAGAAAGAGACUUUGUUAACGCGAAAGAUAAUGUGCAGUCAUCUACAAAAGAUGCUCAUGUUAGUGCUGCGAAGGAUCACAUUGAUGGACUGCGCAUCGAGAGAGCUUUCCCUGGAGAUAAAAGACUGGCGAGGUUAGUGAGUGUUGCUCGUUCCAGGACAUUUCGGGAGCACCAGGGUAAAAUCCUCCUGGAGGGCAGGCGUUUAAUUUGCGACGCCCUGGAUGCUGGAGCCAACCCACAGAUGGUGUUCUUCAGUACCCGGGAUCGGCUCCGAGAGCUGCCAUUAGACAAGCUGAAGAGGGCCACGCUAGUCAAAGUCAAGUUUGAGGACAUCAAGAUCUGGUCUGACCUCGUGGCCCCACAAGGGGUGAUUGCCAUAUUUUCCCGUCCGGACCCAUCAAGGUUAAACUUCGCUAUUAGAGGUCAUACAGUUCCGUUGUCCCUGAUAUGCGACAACAUCCGGGACCCCGGCAACCUUGGGACUAUGUUGCGAUGUGCUGCUGCUGCUGGCUGCCACAGUGUCCUGCUUACCAAGGGUUGUGUUGAUGUUUGGGAGCCUAAAGUUCUGCGUGCAGCAAUGGGUGCCCAUUUCCGCCUUCCCAUCUAUCCCAGCUUGGGCUGGGAUGAUAUGGAGAAACAUCUCCCUAAACCUGUGACCGUCCAUGUGGCUGACAGCAGUUCUGCCACUGACGGAAGUAAAGAGAAAGAGGAUUCCCAAGUUAACGCGUCUCACAAAUCGUCCAAAGCAGGAGACUAUGGCUGGGUCAGCACAAAGCGGAAUCAAAACAACAUGCGCUACGAGGAAUACAAUUCUGAUUCAGACUCAGAUUGGGAAGAUGCGGGACUUUCACUUCCUAGAGUGGACUCAAAGCUGUACCAUGAGAGCUGGGCUCAGAGUCCCACUGCUCUGGUAAUAGGUGGAGAGACACAUGGUCUGAGUGUAGAAGCAGUCCAGUUAGCUGAGAAAACCGCUGGUCACAGGCUCUCCAUUCCUGUCGCUCUUGAUGUGGACAGCUUGAAUUCAGCCAUGGCUGCUAGUAUCCUUUUGUUUGAGGGCAGGAAGCAACUGUUGAAACUAAUUCAGACACCUGAAAGGAAAUGGAAAUCUAAAGCUGAGCAGCAAUUUUCAUGAUGUUUGCUUUAAAUAUCGGUUUGUGACUUCUGGUGUACAUUUGUCCUUAUUACAGACUGAACUAAAUUAUUUAAAUUUCCAUUCUACGUCCUGCUAAUAAAAUAUUGAGGAUUUGUGAAAUGUAAUCUGAAAAGUUCAAUUGUUUUCUGUAAAAUGUAAGAACUUGUGACUCGAUGUCUGAGAAAUUCUAAUGACCCAGGUAGUGUCUUCAAAUUCCUAAUUUUAUCCAAUCAGCCCAACGAUUUUCAGUAUACCGCCAUAGGCAACAAAGAAAAGCAGCAUACAACAAACCUCACAAAAGAAGGUUGAAAUAAGAUUUGGGAUUAGAAAAAAGUUAAAUGACCCUUCCCUGCUCUCUAAAAAAAAAAAGUCUGACUAUACCCCCCCCAUUAAAGAAAAAGCACAUAACUCCCCUUUUCUCACUCGCUCCCUGUAAUUGUCAUACAGUUCCUAACAGCUUUAAGUAGAUGCAUGCACUUUAGGCAUAUUAAUUCUAGAAAGGACAAGACUGUCAUCCUUUAUCUGCAGCCAUUGUCUAUGCAAAUAAGCAGAAGUCACUACACUUCUAUCCCACGUGGAGUUAACAAAAUUAUCUGCAUACUAUCUCCCAUCAUAAAUGCAACAAUUGCACUGAGCCCAGUCUUAUUUAUACUUCUGAAAAAUAAAGGAAGUGGAGAGUC